AUGGGUAACGUGAAAUUGGUCAAGCUGUUUUUAGAAAAUCGCACUUCGCCUGCAUAUGUAGAGGACAAAAAAGGUUUGUGUGCUUUCCACAUUGCGGCCAAGGAAGGAAAUGUUCUUGUAAUGGAAGAACUCAUCACAGCUUGUCCAGAUAUCUAUGAGUUGUUGGACAACAGGGGUCGGACUGCUCUCCAUGUUGCUGCAGAAAAUGGAUGGCUGGAAGCUGUCAAUUUUUUUCUGAAGAGAUCAGAUCUUAAGGGUCUUAUAAACGAGCAAGACGAAGAAGGAAAUACACCUAUGCAUCUAGCAGCUGUCAAAGGACAUUAUAAAAUUCUCUUAAAAUUGGUACGUUGUAGAGAUGUUGACACAAAUGCGGUAAACAAGGAGGGCUUGACACCAAUGGACAAAAAUUGUUCAAGUAUAAAUUUAAGAAUCAAGCUACAGGGAUAUAAGAAGAACCGGUUAAAGGCGAAAGGCGGUCGACGAAGUCUAAGAGAACUCUUAAAGAUGGGCACUUGGCUAUUGAAUCCCGAGGGGCAAGACAAAGAACAAAUCCACAAAAAAACGGGGACAGAAUCUGCAGAUGGAGGUGCAGGAAAUGCUACAGCCAUAGAAAAGAAAGCUCAACAAGGGCAGACUGCAAAGGAAAAUGAGGUACAUAAUGCUGUCUCUGAAAGCAAAGAAGAAAUGGCAGGAAUCAGCGUGUCCAAAUCGGAAACUUUAAGGUCUGCGGGUGAGACCAAUUUGUUGGUAGCCACGAUCAUCGCAUCGGUCACCUUCACGGCGGCUUUCACCGUGCCGGGUGGAUAUGAAAGCGGAGAUAUCAGUCAGGGAUUGGCAGUAUUAAGCAAACAAGCUGCUUUCAAAGCAUUUGUAAUAGCCAAUGCUUUAGCUUUUGGUUUUUCCACUGCCUCAAUAUUAGUUUACCUGUUUUCGGCUAGUAUUAGCAGGGUGCUAUCAUACUCAGACAGAAGAGCAUAA